GCUGACCGCCCGGGCCCGCACAAGCGUCGACAGAUCCGGACCGGUUCGCUUUUCGACAUCGAGUUGGUCGAGAGGACUACGAUCCGAGUUCGCAUCGACAUCUGGGACACUUUUAAGGCCUGGCUGAGGGAAGAGCUUUCGGAGUCAGCAGUCCUCGCUUUGUUUUCUUGCGCUCCUCUUCUGGCCUUGGUGCUGCGGGACUACGCCGACACGCUGUACAAAACAGGUGCUUCUUUGGGCAGCUACAGACAGCUGCUGGCACACUCGCAAAAGCUGACGCCGCUUCUGAGACCACAUUUACGUCCCGCCUGGGAUACGGUGAGUCGCUGGGAGGAAGUUGAGCCUGUCUGCCAUCGUACGCCGCUGCCCGAGAUCGUCUUCCAAGCUAUGGUCGGCGUUGCCCUAGUGCUGCGGUGGAAGCGUUGGGCGGCCACCGGCUUUCUAUACGCAGCGGCACGUACUGACGCCCCGCGACUUCAAUUGUUGGAUGAAGCACACCCUUGGGUUUACAUCAAGAUCGAGAAGCCCAAGAGCAGGCGACGCGGUGCCAGAAUUCAGCACGUAAAGCUGAACGAGCCGGCUGCGGUCCGUUUUCUGGAAAAGACGUGGGCGAACUUGCCUCCGGACGAGUUGGUCUACCCUGGAAGUCCAAACAUGUUCCGCCGACGGUGGGACGAGAUUUUGGCAAUCUUGGGGUUGCCUCGCUCCUUGGGGCUGACUCCAGCCUCUCUACGACCGGGGGGAGCCAUUUCAGCUUUCCAGAAAGGUGUCGCCGUGAACGACCUGUUGUGGAGGAUGAGGUUACAGAGCCUUGCUACUUUGGAAUUUUAUUUGCAAGAGAUGUCUGCUGUGAGUAUCCUGCCCUCCUUGGACGCGGACACGCGGCGGAACAUCCUUUCGAGCGCUUCGUUGCACAAGGCCUGCCUCAGAGCUUAG